GCGUGGUGGGGGGGGGGCACUAAGUAGGGUAACACCUUGUGCGUGGUCGUGUAUGUGGUGUCUGGGUGAUGUGGUGUCCGGGUGGUGUAUACACUUUACUAGGCCUACACCUUGAGUGCUGCGUUGGAGUUAUCUCUUCCGAUGCGCUAUUUACAGGCGGUUAUAGCCAAUGUCCGUUCCAAUUGUUGAGUAUUCGCUGCUGUCGUCUGAUCGAGAGCUGUUCCAGGAACAAUUGGUCAACGCCAUAGUGGAGCAGGGCUACUUCUACCUGACUGGCAUAGACAAGGACGUUGACGAUGAUGUCUUCACGCUUUUGAGAGAACAGGCCAAAGAGAUGUUCAACACUGAUCAGUGUGAUGGUAUCCCCAUGGAUAAUACAUUCUUGGGAUCUUAUAAGGAUCAGUCGCAACGGUCUGUCACUUUCAGAGCCUUAGAGGUCAAUAAGUUCCCACCAGGUCUUCCUUAUAUGUCCAAGUCUAUAGGAGACUCAUUCCAAUGCUUUGAUCUGGUGUCAAAUAUGCUAAUGGAUAGUAUCCUGGAGUCACUAUCGAUAAGAUCUUCCAAAUAUUCAACGACCAGGGGCCACCAAUUCCAAGAGAUCAAGCUAAUGGACACAAGAUUCACCGGAGCCAACGAUGCCACCAACCUUUUAAGGCUCAGCUCGAUCAAGUCGCCUUUUAGAGUACAAACCACCUACGGCGAAUGGCUUGAAGUAAAACGGCCCCUAUCGAAUGCAAUCUUCGUACAAGUUGGACAAACUUUGGAAUUCUUAACGGAGGGCGUGUGUGUCUCAACUAUUUCAGGCCCUUUAGCAUCAGAUGGAGUAGACAUUCAGUUCGAGUGUAACUAUCCGUUGGAUUAUGUGUUAAGGCCUUGGAAUAUGAGAGAAGAGCUGGUUAAGAGACGUGACUCCAGGAAACAGCUAAGAUCCGGUGUACACAGGCACCAAACGAUAUCAAUGGCUAAUAAAAGAAUUGACCAGAUUGUCAUUUCAAACGAUAUACUGCAACAUAGGGCAAUCGGUGCUCAAUUUUAUCCUGAGUUAUUGAAAUCACUGGAGGAUGAACUGCAAGCCAUAUCCAAUGACUCCCACAACAACUUCUUACAAUAUGUCAAAGAUUUACAGAAAAUCUUUGCAUCGUUUGAUAAUGUGUUACAUAUCAACGUUGCAAAACGAUUUGCCGAUAUACCACUAGUUGACCUCGUCAGACAAGUACACACAUUAAGUGGAAUAUCUGUUACGAUGAGCGACCUCUUGCGAGUGUGCUAUAUAUGGGAUGGAUUCUUGACUUUGAAACUCGAUGACGGUAACGAUAUAGUUAUUGAUGUUGACAAGACAAAGCAACAGCUAUCGCUUGUUGAUCUCUCGAAAAGACAGGACGAGUUCAACAAGAGACUUGGCCGUUGGUGUGAGUUACACCCAGAUGAUCAAUCCAUACCUAUCCUGCCAAAAUCAAAGUUGUCAUCAACGACAGAUGCUCGCUCUGCAGAGGGCUUCAACAGGAAGAGAAAGAGACAAGAGCCACUGCAGAGAUCCUCUAUCCCCGUCACGGCAGAUCUAAAGGGAAUGUCAUUAUUGGAUCGUAUCAGAAUGAAGGAAUCCCUGAGGAAUGCCAACUCCAUACCUCCAGAGGUGAAGUAUACAAGAUACCUGGAUUCCAAAUUGGGCCGUGUACUGGACCUUAUUGCCACGCUACGCAACGACAGACCGCACGCUGUAGAUGAACUGAAAGACAAGGUCAUCGCCACCUUUGGCAUUCAGUACGCGAUAAGCGAACAGGAGGCCAACGAUUUGGUGAUGAGGUUACCUGUGAAGUUCCCAGGAACUUUCAAACUGGUUAAGGGCAGAGCCAAAAGUGUGAUCAGAUGGAAGGACAUUGACAUAAACGAGCUGAAGAGAUCGCUAUAAGCUCAUCUAAGACAAAACAAGCGAGAAAAGAUGUACAAACAUUACUCAAAUAUCAUCAACAUCAGUGUAGA